AGUUCUCUGAUAUAUAACUCAGUAUCAAAACAACCAGCAACCAAAAUAGACCUCCUCUAAUAGACCAAGGCACUUGAAAUACGCAGUUAUAACCGAAACUUUUAUUCGGAACAAUGGCAACUGUGUCAAAAAAAACCAAUGCAACUCCGAUUCCAAUGGCGAAAAAUGUGGUACUAAAUAAAAGCGAUAAAGAAUCUGUAAGGAAUCUUCUGGUGUUCUUGAACAACACACUGGAUUGCGAAUUGCGGGGCAUGGAAGACCUGAAAACUGGAGCAGUGUACUGCCAAAUAAUGCACAGACUCUUUCCCACGACAAUUCCAAUUAACAAAGUUAAGUUUUAUACGCACAACAAAAGCGAAUUUGAUGUGAACUACCGUCUGCUUCACAACUGCUUCGAAAAACUGAAAGUGUCGCAGCCUCUGCCGGUAGAAGAAUUAAUUGUGGGACACAAUCAAAUUGACUUUUGCAGAUGGAUCCACAAGUUCUUCAAAUUCAACGACCAUGGGCGCGAAUACGAUGCGAAAAAGGUGCGUAAAGACUCGCCAAUCGGACUUAGUAAAAGUCUCCAGCUCGCCGCAUUUUCAACUGGGAACUUGAAUGCCAUGUACAAAUGUCAAUCGAUGACCUUUAACUACGCUAAGGAUCCGUUUAGAGUCAACAGGAGAGGUAGUUUGGAUAGUCGCAGAUACAAAAACAAUGAGCCGGAAAAGCAAACAAAACCCCCGAUCCGGAAACCUCCUCCACCAAAGAAGACGACAAAGCCUUGUGAUUUUCUCGUCGAGAGCAGGCACGUUUCGCUGCCAUCGGAUAGCGACGGCGAGCUGGAAAUAGGUGCAAGUCCAUCCCAUCUGCAGAAUCAGCUCAUCGAUAAGCUAAAUUUUGAGAAGGAACAUUUGGCCGGAGUAACAUACACAAUUGAGCCCUCUAACUGCGCGAAUAGAUGUCUCAAGCCUCGCGAAUUUACUUCUUGGAAGGCUCUUAGCGAAAAGUGCGCACUGCUCACAAAUGAUCUGCAGACCAAGGAUAAGUUGAUCGGAAGUCUAAACUGCGAGAUACGUGCUUUAAGCGCAGAACAGAAAAUGAUGGCCGGAAAGCUGCAAAGUGCGGAGCUUACAUUGAGGUUGUAUGGCAAAAGUCCUACGUUUGCUGUUCAGCAACUAAAGGAGAUCCUACUCAAUUCAUCGCAAGUGGCUGCAGUUCGUCCGCGUACACGCCCUGAUUACGCAGAUUCCACAGCAACCAACCACGAUGAUAAGCCGAGCUGUUCCAAUAUGCAGGUAACCAGGGAAAGAGAGCAACAUACACACUUGGCAAGGCCAGGAAAGCGAACAAUGCCACCACGUCACAGCAAAGAAUUCAAGACAUGCAUUGAAUUUUCAUCAAAAGACGGCAGGGUCACAGAACUAAAGGAGCAAAACUCAUUGGAGUCUUUGUAUGAAUAUCCAGUCGAAUGUCAUAGACGCCAUUCCAGAAGCCCUGAUAAUUAUUGCACCUGUCCUCGCUGCCAGCCCAGGGAAAGAUGUGGGCACAUGGAUAUGAUUUGUUGCCACAGGCACUGGCGAAGUUCCGUUGAAUCUUUGAACAGAGAUCAGGAUCACAGGCACAGACACCAUUCUAGAACAAGAAGUCCGGAGUGCAAGCAUAGGCACCAUUCUAGGGAAGGCCAUCACCGACAUAGGCAUCAUUCGGAGGAUUCAGAUCAAGACAGAAGGCACAGAGGCUAUAAACAACAAUGUCCAAUGCACUGCAAGCAUACGAAAGCCAUGCGAGUUUGCAUUUCAAAUUGGAAGAAAAACGAUGACUCUGAUUCCUCAAGUUCCACCAUGGGAGGUACACAUUGUUCCAAGUCGCUUAAUCAAAAUAACGCAACAAAAAAAGAUAAAAAAUAAGAUACUUUUAAAUGAAUCGGAUAAAGUUUGUGGAUUGCAAGCCAUGAAUUAUUCCUUCUGAGAUUUUUUUUAUUUUACGUGUUCCUCAGU